AUGGCUUCACCACCUCCAGUUUCCACUGUCAAACCAACAGACUCAUCAAUCUCAGAUGAGAAUGAUUUACAAACGAGAGGCCAUGUUUCUCUUGCAUCGGCUUCGUCGCUAUUACACUCUGCUGAACGCCUUGUAGCACCGAUUCAAACACCCUUACCAGCUGGAACACCUGUCCAACAACAACCUACCGGUGGAUUUACGUCAACAUUCAACUCCGCUAAUCCAAUGUUUGCGGUUUUGAAAGCGACUGCUCUACAGCAGGCUUUUGGCCAUCCAAUGGCUUAUGCACGAACAUUAAUGCAGAUGGGGUAUGAACCGUUGCCUGUAUAUCGUGGAAAAACUUUACUUGGAAAAGAAGCUCUGUUUUAUCCGAACGUUUUUCGCUACUUGAGAUACAUUUACAACAUCGAUGGUUUUACAGGUCUAUAUCGUGGAUUUGGUUGUGCUGUUCUAUCAAAAAUGGUCUGUUGGUAUACAACAACAAAAGUUGAUGAACUCCUUGGUCCAGUCGAACCUGUUGUACCGGACGAUAAAUCGAAACCAACAUGGGAUAAAUGUAUCAAAAAGACUUUACGAGAAGUACGCUGUCAAUCGUGGGGAAUCUUGAUUUCACAUCCAUUCCAAGUAAUGGCCAUUCGAUGUAUGGGACAAUUUAUUGGUCGUGAAACAGCAUAUUCGUCGAUCAACCUCUUUCAAAAUGUCCAAGAAAUUUACAAUCGACAAGGAAUUGGCGGAUUUUUCGUCGGUUUAGUUCCUCGUUGGUUGUUAGAAAUUGCAACAAUCGUCAUAUCCAAUGUACUUAUUCAUCUACUUAAAUCCCAAUUGCCUUCACAAAGUGAAAUGGUUCCAUUGUACGAAUACAUGGCUGCUUUUGUUGCUCAAACAGCGACGUAUCCAUUAAGUGUUGUAACAACAGUUACAGCUAUCAAUCGAAGCGGUCUACGAGCUGGUAUGUUACCUAUUACACCAAUUUAUGCUAAUUGGCAAGAUGCAUACAGACAAUUAGGCAAAACUGAACAAUUGAAACGUGGCUCGAGCUUUUUCAAUCGUGCUGUUUUUGGCAACGUCGGAGUUCCUGUCCCGGAAAACAUCGAUGACCUUGUGACCGCAUUUCAACGGAAUACACUCACGUAUUCAAACAGAAAUCAGCAGAUCCCAUUUGUUUUAUUGAUUAGAAAUAAUAUUCCGAUGUCGACUAGUGUUACUAAUAAAGAUAAUCAACGUUAUUCAAUGGGCUCGAAUCGAAUUCAAGAACGAAGUGAUCGAUUUUGGAAUGGAUAUUCGAAGAUUUUAAUACGAUUUACUCAGCCGAUUUUGUUAGCGAGUUUAGUCGUCACUGUGGGUUUGACAGUUUGCUUUUUCUAUUUUGUGCAAAUCCGUCAAUUCGAUCAAACUGACUUUAUCGUGCGGAAUGGCAAAGCACAACAAAAUGCUCAGCGGAUCAGCGAAAUCUUCGGCAAUGAUAAAGACUUUCGUGCACAUCAACAAAUGGAUCUUUAUCCCGCAUUGGACAUCAUUAUAAAGAGAAAACUCUCAAACAAUUCCAGAGAUAUAAACGAAACGAACAUGUUAAACAAGGAUAUUAUUGAAGAGAUUCGUGUACUCGACCGUCAUAUUCAAUCGGUUCGAAUUAAUAAUAGUAAAAAUUCUCUUCAAUACAACUUUUCAGCAUUAUGCGCCGUGAUUAACCACGCUUGUGUAGUCGAUGGGAAUUACUUAUUAUCAGAUAAAUUUCGUCAGGAUGCACUACUUUUACCACAUAUAAAAAGUGGAAUCUACUUCGAUUCACUCACUGGAGCUAAUGGACUUUCGUCGUUUAUAUUCAGCAAAGAUUACAAAAUACUGAACACGACAGUACCGGAAGAAGAUUAUGUCGACGAAGAGGAGGAGGAAGAAGAAGAGGACGGUGAAAAAGUUCCCGAACCAAAACCAGCGCAAUUCAUCGAAGUCGUGUCAUAUGUUCCUUUGUUUCGUAUUCGGUAUUCGUUGAAUAUUUCCACGGAUGCAAUGCGUUCAUUAGCGCUCCAAUGGGAACGCGAAGUUCUUCGUUAUUUGAAUGAAAAAUUUCAUUCGUCAUUAAUACACAUCUCACCAUCUACAUCCACAGCAAUAUCUGAUAUUGUUGGCAAACAAGCACGUGAUGAAGGUCCCUUUAUGACCAUCAUGCUUUUGAUUUUUUUCAUUUUCGUUGGCUUUUUCAUCAGUAUUCAAGGCAAUUCUCAUACAUCUGUAGGAUAUCUCUCACUCUGUGGAGUCAUUAAUUUAGCUUUAGCGUCCGGUGCUACUUUUGGCCUGUUAGCAGUGUUCAAGUUGCAAAUUAUUGAACCCAUGGCUCUAAUUGUUUUUGCUGUUGCGAUUAUCGAUUCAAUGCGUAUUUCGAUUGUUUGCGGCGAAUACCAUCGAAUCAUUAAAGAUCAUCUACCAGUCUCAUCAAACAACGUUGCGACUAAAAUUGAUAUCGAGAAAAUUCUUCCAUUAAUUAUUAAAUCUUCUCGGCCAUAUUUUCUUUCGACAACAUUAAUCCUAAUAAUUGUUUAUCUAGUUUUAUCGCUGUUAUCACCUAUGUCAUGUACACGAUAUCUUGGUUUAACAUUGGUCUUAUAUGUAUUUAUUGAUUAUUUAACCCAUUGUACAUUCUUCUCUGCAUGUCUUGUUUUUACCUUGAAACGUAUCAAAUCUCGCCGUCAUUGUCUAUUGUGUCAUCAUUUACCCAAUGAUCAUUACAUAAAGGAUCGUCGAAGAUCCUUUCAGAAAGUUGUUUUGGAAAAGCCUUUACAAUUCUGGUCAAAUCGCAAUGCGAUGAUCAAGAAGUUUUGCACCGGAUUCUUAUGUUUGAUAUCGUUUGGAUUCAUCAUCUUUAGUGUUUGGUCAUUGUUUUCCAUCGACACGCAUUUAUUCGAAGAUAGGUUUCUUCCGAAAAAUGCAACGACAUUGAAAUCCUACAUGAAUUCUCAUAUUGAUCAAUAUAAUAUCGGUCCUGUGAUUAUGUUUGUUAUUCCUCAACCGAUUAAUUAUGAGAAUAAGAAAAACCAGGCCUUGAUUCGUCACCUUCUUCAGCAAUGUUUGAACGAACCGACAACGAAUCAGUUUAAACUAUUAUGGCUAGAUCAAGAAAACAUUCACACGAUCUUAACGAGCAAAGAUCCGAUGAACGUUCGGGUGACGCCCUAUUCACAAAACGACAUUAUUGUAUCCGAAAUUAACAAUAAAACAGUCAUAAAAGCGUCCCGCUUCUAUUGUCAAUAUCAAACUAGUCAAGGUAAGACUGCACCGAAUGAGAAUUCGAAGUUUUGGACGUUCUUUCAUUCUCUAGGUGAUCGAAAUGAUUUACAAACGAUGAAUAAUAUGUAUACAUACGCGAAACAGAGCUCCAUUCCGUCAAUCUUCCCUUACAGUUUCAUCUUCGCGCACUAUGAGUCACUCGCCCAAAUACGUACGGAAAUCUAUUUGUUGAUGUUAUUCGUCGUGCUCACUACAUUUGUUAUCAUUUUUAUCAUUUUUACUUCAUUUGAAAAAGGUCUACUGUUAUUCUCGCACAUGCUCGCUUUACAAGCUGGAAGUUUAACAUGUUUAUACUUGUUUCAUGAUUUAACAUUCAAUUUCGCCAAUGCACUUUGGUUGUUCAUCAUACCAAUAAUCUUCUGCGAUACGUUAAUUCAUGCAUCUUUCAAUAUAACCAAAUCAAAAUGGAAAUAUAAUCGUGUUCUACUUUCGCUAAUCAUUUCUUUAAGCAUCUUCUCUUUGUUUUCAAUUGAAACAUACAUCUUUCAUAUUAUACGUCUAUCGCUGCUGUAUCAAACGAUCAUUUGCUUUGUACUAAUCAAUUUUAUACUUCCAUCAUGGCAUUACCUGAUUGAACGAAUGUUCAAGAAAGCCAAAGAGGAAAAGCUAACUACGGCAACAGCAACAGCAGCAGUUCUCGAAAGCAGUCAGCCAUUGACUGCUAGUACAGAAAUACAGAAUCUCGUUUACGAACCGAAUGGCAAUACGAUCGGUUCGAUAUAA